AUGGCAACUCAACAAAUAAACAAAUAUACUCCUGUUCAUUGGGCAAUUAUUAAUAACAUCCCUUUAAAAGAAGAAAUGUUAUGUCAUUGUAAUAUUAAUGAUUUUGAUUGUUAUGGAAUUCCUGGAUUACAUUACGCUAUUCAUAUGCAAAAUAUAGAAGUUAUUCAAUGGUUAUUUGAUCAUGGUGCUGAUCCAUUAUUAAGAAAUAAAAAUGGAUUUAAUGCAUUUCAAGAAGCAGUAUGCACAAGAAAUGAACAAAUAAUUAAAAUAACAUAUGAAAAAACAUAUAAUUACUAUGAAACAAUUUAUGAUGAACGAGUAAUAGAUGGUGCAGAAACCCUAAAUGAAUUACAUGACUUUCAAUUUACUCUUCAUUGGGAAUUACAAACAUGGAUUCCUCUUGGGACAUAUUUACUUCCAUCUGAUAAUAAUGUAAUAAGAAAAAGAGGAAAAAAUUUAAGAUUAGAUAUGAAUAUUAUUGGAUUUAGUCAUUACACCGUUCAAAAAGGAAAUGGGUCAUUAAUAUUCUUUGGAGAAGAUAAAAACCAAUUUAAAAAAGGAGAAGUUAUUUUUGUAAAUCAUAAUGAAAAAACUGUUACAAAGUUAUGUGGAUGUGGAACACAAAGAAAAUUAAAAAUUGAAGAUGUACUAAAAACAAAUGUUACAACGAUGAAAACAAAAAUAAUAUUUGAUUGUAAAGAAGCUAAAACAUUACUUGGAUAUGAAAGAAAUGAGAAUAUAAAUGGAAUUAAUUGUAAAGUAUAUAAUGUUACUCCUUUUUGGGCUGAAUUAAUAACAAGAGAAUUACCUUCUAUUAUUCAAAAACCAAAACAUUUUAAAUCUAAAAUUUAUGAUGAUGAAUAUAUUCAAAAUCACAUUAAAAAUAAUAUUUUAUUAAGAAAAAAUGAGAAAGAAAUUCUUAGAAAAAAAACUUGUCAAGCAGAAAUGUGGAUUGGAAAAGGAUCAAUAGAAUUAUCAGAAUUUAAAAUUCUUAUGAAAUUCUUAUCUAAAAACUUUGAUAAUUUCAGUGCUUUUGAAGACUUCUUUGAAAGAAAUAACUUAACUAAUGACUUUGGGUUUCCUCUUCAAUUUAAAAUACCUUUAGCUUUUUCAUUAAGUAUUGUUGCAAAUAUUAAAGACUAUCAAGCAGUUUCUCCAAAUGAAGAAAUAUUUGAAAUACCAAAAGCAUAUAAUAUUCUUGAUUUUACUAAAAAUUAA